CUGCACUUCUGCUGCUUCUCUGACUUCGACGCUCUGCUCUCUUUCUUUCUACAACUACUUUUCUUUUGUGAAGUUUGUGGUGUUUGAGUUAGAGAGUCUUCUAGUGGGAGAAGGAAGUUUAGUGCGGAUUUCUCAACUAUUAGGUUGUGUUUGGAAGUGUUGUGGCCGGGGAGGUUCAUUGCAGAUCUAAUUGGUUUUGUAUUUAGGUGUGGGACUGUCGACAUGAUGCUUUGUAUUCUCGGCUACCUGUGGUUUUUGAGAUUUUUGAACACGAAACUCGGGGGAUUUAGACAUGAAUCGUAGUUUUAGGGCUUUGGAAUCGCAAAUACAAGCUCCGGCAAAGCCGCGGCAGCAGCAAGUUGGAGGACUAAGGGCGUCGGUUAUGAAAGAUAAGGAGGAGGAGCUUGCGUUGUUUUUAGAAAUGAGAAAGCGUGAGAAAGAGAGGAAUGAUCUUCUCUCUAAUAACGUGGAAGAGUUCGAUGCGCCUUUAGGAACAAAACCAGGAACUUCUCCAAUAUUUAAUAUCUCAUCAGCUACCCCAGCCCCUACUCGCAAGACUGGUGCCGAUGAUUUUCUUAAUUCUGACAAUGAUAAAAAUGAUUAUGAUUGGCUUCUAACUCCUCCUGGAACUCCUCUUUUUCCAUCUUUGGAACCAGACUCAGAAAGGGUCUUAAUGAGACAUGCUACUCCAAUGGGUCGAUCCAAUGUGCUGAAAUCUAGACUCGGAAAUCUCCAACAAGAACCUACUACUACGAGGAGCAACUUGGUCCCAAAACAAGCAACUUCUUCUCCAGGAUUGAACUCCUCAAGUGUAGGCACACGUCGUCCUUCAUCAUCCGGAGGUCCUGGAUCAAGACCUGCUACCCCAACUGGACGCCCUACAUUAACCACAACAUCUAGAACUUCCAGAUCCUCAACGCCUACUUCCCGUGCAACUUUGCCUUCAAAUAAACCAGUAGUUUCCUCGGCUAAGCUUGCAGCAACUUCUAAUAAGCUGGCAGUUGCCUCAACCAAGCCAACAGCUACCAUGAGUAAGCCUACUGUUUUAUCUGCUAGGUCCUCAGUUCCUUCAAGAUCUUCUACUCCAACAAGAACAGCAAGAUCAUCAACCCCGACUUCCAGACCUACUGUACCUCCAGCUAAGCCCACAUCAAGGGCCUCAACUCCAACUCGUCGGCCAUCCACACCAUCUAGUGCACCAAGUGCACCUGUUUCCUUAGUCAAGUCUUCAUCAUCAAUUUCAAGGCCAUCCCCAACAGUGUCAAGGAAUCAAGCACCAUCAAGGGGAGCUUCCCCAACAGUAAAAUCCAGACCAUGGAAUCCUUCAGAAAUGCCUGGUUUCUCACUCGAUGCUCCACCCAAUUUAAGAACAUCACUUCCUGAAAGGCCACUUUCAGCCACAAGGGGUCGGCCUGGAGCACCCAGUGCACGAUCUUCUUCUGUAGAACCUGUUCCGAAUGGUAGGCCAAGAAGACAAUCUUGCUCUCCGUCUAGAGGACGUGCACCUAAUGGAAGUAUUCAUCUCAGUGGAGGUUCUGUCCCUGCAAUUAACCGUAUGCAUUCUAAAGCUAAUGACAACAUAAGCCCUGUAUUAAUAGGGACGAAAAUGGUUGAAAGGGUAAUAAGCAUGCGCAAAUUGGUCCCUCCCAAGCAAGAUGACAAACAUUCACCUCAUGGGAAUCUGUCUGGGAAGUCUUCAUCACCAGAUAGCACUGGCUUUGGGAGAACACUAUCUAAGAAGUCUCUGGAUAUGGCAAUAAGACACAUGGAUAUAAGACGAAGCAUUCCAGGUAAUUUACGCCCAUUGAUGACAAAUAUUCCAGCUUCUUCAAUGUAUAGCGUACGGUCUGGGCCAUCUCGAAGCAGAAAUAUCAGUGUUUCAGACUCACCUCUUGCCACGAGCAGCAACGCUAGUUCUGAAAUGAGUGUGAAUAAUAAUGGACUCUGUCUAGAUUCACAUGAAAUUGACGACGAAAUUGGCAGCGAGAGAGGAGGUCGAUCACCCCGCAGCUUGUGUGCUAGGUGA